CGUACGCCACUCGCUGGCAAACGGCGAACGAAUACAGUCGUCCCCUCCUCUCCUGUCUCACGUCUACCUCCUCCUCCUCCUCCUCCUCUUUACCCCUCUCUCCGCCGCCACUACUCGCAGCCUGCGCUGAAUGAGCGCGAGAGCAAACGGACCUCGCCGUGUCUCCGGUUCCUUCUGGUUCCUCUAAAGCCGAACCCGCGCCGCUGAGCAGAGCCCCCCGCGCUCACAUCGGACAUGAUACGGAGAUGAGGCUCAGAAAUGGCACCUUCCUGACAGUGUUAGUGUUUGGAGUGUGCGGGCUCAUAUCGCUCUCCUGGUACACCGCCUUCAGCAAUUCCAAAGGUAAUGUGGUUGAUAUCUACCAGAGGGAGUUCUUGGCUCUGAGAGAUCGCCUCCACUCGGCAGAGCAGGAGAACCUGAAACGCUCCAAAGAGCUCAACCUGGUGCUGGAUGAGAUCAAGCGAGCCAUCGCUGAGAAGCAAGCGCUACGAGACAUCAACCGUACAUGGAGCAGCUUGUCCGAUGAAACCAAGCUGAAGCUCUGGAACGUCACCAGCAGUAAGAAUGUGCUACAGCUGCCCAGCAUCUUCCACCACCUGCCCCAUCUGCUGGCCAAGGAGACCAGCCUGCAGCCAGCCGUGCAUGUCGGCCAGGGCCGCACCGGAGUGUCGAUAGUGAUGGGUGUGCCCAGCGUGAAGAGGGAGGUGCACUCCUAUUUGACCGACACCCUGAGCUCUCUGAUGUCAGAGCUGAGUCAGGCUGAAAAAGACGACUGCGUCAUCGUGGUCUUCAUCGCCGAGACAGACCAGCAGUAUGCCAACAGCGUUGCUGACAACCUCAAGCGCCUAUUUCCAGCAGAAAUUCAGUCAGGCUUGUUGGAGAUCAUCUCCCCAUCUGUCCAUUUCUAUCCAGACUUCUCCCACCUCAAAGAGUCGUUUGGUGACCCUAAAGAACGAGUCAGAUGGCGAACCAAGCAGAACCUGGAUUACUGCUUCUUGAUGAUGUACGCCCAGUCCAAAGGCACUUACUAUGUGCAGCUAGAGGACGACAUCGUGGCCCGGCCGAAUUACUUCACCACAAUGAAGAACUUUGCUCUCCAGCAGCCUUCAGAGGAUUGGAUGAUCCUCGAAUUCUCCCAGUUGGGCUUUAUCGGGAAGAUGUUUAAGUCACUGGAUCUGUCUCUCAUAGUGGAGUUCAUCCUGAUGUUCUACAGGGACAAACCCAUUGACUGGCUGCUUGACCACAUCAUGUGGGUGAAAGUGUGCAACCCAGAGAAGGAUGCGAAACACUGCGACAGGCAGAAGGCAAAUCUGCGCAUCCGCUUCAAGCCUUCUCUCUUCCAGCAUGUGGGAACACACUCAUCUCUGGCUGGAAAGAUCCAGAAGCUCAAGGAUAAGGACUUUGGGAAGCAGACUGUCCAUAAAGGCCACGCUAACCCGUUAGCCGAGGUCACUACCAGUCUGAAGACCUACCAGCACUUCACGCUGGAGAAGGCUUACCUGGGCGAGGAUUUCUUCUGGGCAUUCACGCCUGUGGCUGGAGACUUCAUACGUAUCCGCUUCUUUACCCCUGUUCGCAUCGAGAGGUAUUUCUUCCGCAGUGGGAACAUCGAGCACCCUGGAGACAAGUUGUUCAACACUACAGUGGAGGUGCUGCCGUUUGAUAAUAUUCAGUCUGAAAAAGAAGCUUUGAAAGAGGAGAAGGAGAGAACCCCAAAGUACCAGCGCACAGAGGACGGCUUCAUUAGAAUAGGUCAGUUUCAGAACGGUAUCGCAGAAGGGGAAGUGGAGGCAUCGUUCGGGCCCCUGGAGGCCAUGCGGCUUUCUGUGCUCACCGACUCACCCGUGUGGGUGAUUCUCAGCGAGAUUUUCAUUAAGAAAGCAGAGUGACGACGCCUCCUUCUGCUCCACGCGGUUUUGCUGGACCUGUGUGGUGCAGGACUCUCAGCAUCUGCACAGCGUUUCUUUCAGCUCAGUCCAUCAGCACCGCCUGCUGGCCGGAAGUUGCUUCAGUAGGGUACAGCAGUGCAGCGCACACUCGCAGUGAAGUGAAGGCACGAGAACAUGUGCAGCCAGACUGCUGGCGACGGACAGACGCCGCUGUAUAAACUGCAUAAUAAACUGUAUUUAUGUGUAUAUACAUGGCUCCUGGUUCAGUGAGUGUAAUCACACUGGUCUGUUUGUCUAUGGGCUCACCGGAUGGAGACUCUAUUGCCCUUUGGCGUACUGAAAAGUUUUUAUAGCCUUGAAAAUGCUGCUUUUUUUGGGGGGGGGGAUGGAGGACUCGAUUAUUUUUUUCAUUCAAGAUUUGAUUUGCAAAGUUUUAAUUUCUGCUAUCAUUUUGUGGGCAAAUAUUUUUAGGUGCAGGGUUUGCUAUUCCAAAACAAGUGUAGUUCCCAUGAUACUUGCACAUGUUACGAAUACACACAUAGAUAUGAUUGUCAUAAAUGUGUGUUUGUAUGUGCAAAGGUUAAUAGUGAUUGACCAAAGUCAGCCAGAUGGAUUAUAGCUACAGAUAUUACAAGCUAUAAAAGGAUAUAAAUAAAAAAAAAAAAACUAAAAAAAAAAAACCCAUUUGUGACAACCUGUGUGUGUUUGAGAAUCUGUUACAAAUACUGAUCUCUCGCAUGAACAAAUAAAAGUAGAGCAGGGAAAUUUAAUAUGAAAUUCCGUCUGAGCGAUCAAGCCUGAGGGCUCUGCUUCUUUUCCUCUUCUGUCUCUCAGUUUGCUUUAAUGUGAGCUAAAGCUAAGGGCUACCAUGCUGAGCUGCUAAGAAAUUUGGUUAGAAAUGGUAAUAUAUGCAGCAUUAUGACAGCGUUUAUGAUCACAUGUCAGCAACGCAAUUCUGAAAACAUUAUAAUCUUACAUUUCGAGCUGUAUACACCAAUCUGCUCUUGGUUUGUAUCUUUAAACUAAUAUAUUGUUCACUUAUCAUUUACUUUUCUCUCUGCUGAUAUACAAUUAAUUUACACGUUCUGCAUUCACCACUAUUUUGGAUACAAAAAAACAAAAGUUUAAUAUCUAGCACAGCUCUGUUCUUUAUCUGGCUGUUGUUAAAAGAUACACCGACCAAGCAUAACAUUAUGACCACUUGCCUAAUAUUGUGUUGGUCCCCCUUUUGCUGCCAAAACAGCCUUGACUCGUCCUGCACUGUGUAUUCUGACAUCAGAACCAGCAUUAACUUCUUCAGCAAUGUGAGCAACAGUAGAUCGUCUGUUGGAUCGGAUCACACGGUCCAGCCUUCGCUCCCCACGUGUUGCCGGUUCACCACUGUUCCUUCCUUGGACAGCUUUUGAUAGAUACUGACCACUGCAGACCGGGAACACCCCACAAGAGCUGCAGUUUUGGAGACGCUCUGAUCCAGUCGUCUAGCCAUCACAAUUUGUCCCUGGUGAAACUCUCUCAGAUCCUUACGCUUGCCCAUUUUUCCUGCUUCUAACACAUCAACUUUGAGGACAAAAUGUUCACAUGCUGCCUAAUAUAUCCCACCCACUAACAGGUGCCAUGAUGAGGAGAGAAUCAGUGUUAUUCACUUAACCUCUCAGUGCUCAUAAUGUUAUGCCUGAUCGGUGUAUGAUGCUGUAUGCUAGAUUUGCUAUUUAUGACCAAAUCUAUGUAUCACACCUGUAUGUGGUUCUUCCCCAAACUGUUACCACAACAUUAAUAGCACACAGUUGUUUACAGUGUAUUUGUAUGCUGUAGUGUUAAGAUUUCCCUUAGAACCAAAAAGUUAGCCCUGUUCCAGCAUGACGAUAUCCCUGUGAACAGAGUCAGCUGCAUGAAGACCCAAAGAACUAGCGUGCCCUGCACAGAGCCCUGACCUCACACCCACUGGAUGAACUGGAACACUGACUGACCUCCUCAUCCAACAUCAGUGCCAGAUCACACUAAUGCUCUUAUAGCUGAAUGAUCACAGGUCUCCACAGUCAUGCUGUGUACUGGAAAGAGUGUAAUGUAGUGGAAAUAGCGGAAAUGAUUGUAACAAAGGUGUGAUGUUUAUAGGUCCAUAUAGUGUAUACAACAUUAUAGCAUUUAAAAUGAAACCUAGCAAAAAGAAUUUGUUUACAUUAUGCCUUGAGGACACUAUUGUUACCUGCUUCAUUUCCAGCUAUAUUUGUUACAGGAUUUAAUCAAAUUUCUUUCUUCAAUAUCCCAUACACUGUUUCUGUGCUGCUAUCGGCCCAGUAACGACCCUGAGAGCCGGCUUGAUGUUAUCUCUGUUUAGUAUCCUUAGGUGGUUUUAUUUUCAUUGUGCUUCACACUGCACUGGUGUUUCGCAUUUUACUUACUGCAUAAACAGCAACACAAUCACACUGUACAUGCUGUGAAGAUUAUUUCAAAUUAGGACCUACAACAGCUGUGCAGUCUGUUCUUGCACAACAAAGUGUUUGCAGUCGGUUUCCUGUAAUAAUUUCAGUGAGCUGUAUUGUAAUCACAGCUGGCCAGAGGUUUCACUGACGUGUGUUUAGCAGAAAAAUGAUGUUCCAUGUCAUUGCUUAGGCAGUGUUGUCUAGCUAGAAUAUAGAUUCGAAGCUAAGUUGAUAUCUAAAGUGUAUUGUUAUUAAGGACUUAUGCUGGAGCGGAGCAGAGAUUCUUGAAAUUUCAAUGACGACUUCUGGCGACGUGCGACAGCGACCGUCGCCGAACAAAAAUGGGCGUGUCUGGCAGGGUGACAAAGGUGAGACAGGUUUAACUUUAGAUAAAUAUGGAGCGACCUGGCAGAGCCAGUGUGUGUGAAGACAGUAGAGCGCACUUGAGCCGUGGCUAAUAAAACACCCUGUUUCUCCUUCAUCUCGUAUAUGAUGCACAUACAGAGAUACACACUGAUCAGGCAUAACAUUAUGAGCAGUGAGAGGCAAAGUGA